UAUUUGAUUAAUGUCAAUAUGUAAUUCUACAAUAAGAAAACAAUUGCCUAAAUUACAGUUAUUUGCAUAUUAUUCUGAAUUCAGCAACCUAUUAUAUUCUGUGUCCAUCGCCUUUUUGUAGCUGCUGGAACAGGUGCCUCUUCAUUUAAGUACACUUUAUACUCCAUUUGUAUCCUUCAAAAAGAAACAAUAGUGUUAUUUCUUUGUAAGCAUAAUAAAGAAUAUAUUUUUUUGCAUUAUCCGAAUAGCUUAAACCAAAUUGUAAUAUGAGAACAUUUUCUAAAAAUUACAAUAACGAAUCUGGGUAUUUAUAAAAUUGAAUUAGGAACAUAGGAUUAAUAUAUAUAUAUUUUUAGAAGGCUAUUUAUUUUAAAGAAAAUAAAAGUUGUCGCGAAAGACUUGUGUUUUAAGGAAUCUGUUGAAUAAGAGUCUUUCACCCUGAAAAAGACGCUCGUGUAAUUUACAUAAAGAACCGGUAAAUGAAUCUUUCUAGAGAUUCGAUUCACUGAGGUGACGUGUUUCAUUGACGCCCUACUCGCUACACGUAGCCGAUUCACGUCAUUCAACUGUCACUUUGUCUUGUGAAGGUAAGUCCGCCUUUUUUAUUAUAAUAAUUGUAUCGUUAUAAUGCUUUAAAUUACUGUUCUGUUAUACAUUUCUAAAUGAAUGUGUAUUUGUAACACUAAAACAUAUGAAAAUGUUUUUUUUUUUUCUGUUUUUUUUUUUUUUGCUGCCGGCACAUUAUAGGCUUAUAUAGCUAACGUUAUACCGGCUAUAUCAAUUUUUUUUUAAUAAAUGACUAUAAAAAAAUGAGCUUUAUCUAUUGUUAACAAAACCCAUUACUUUGUUUUGUAUUUCAUCACUAGUAAUUGAUAUUAUUGUACCUUUUGGUUACCUUAGAAUAGAAGUAAAUUAUCUGCACCGGACGAGACCGUGAGAGUUGCUGGCUGGUUGCCGUUAAAGAAAAUGAACAAAACAUGGGUUCUGGUGGAAUGGAGGGAGGAGCCUCCCACCUAUGAUAUUGUCCCUAAAAAGGACAUACUAAAAAAAAGUUUGAACCUGGAGAUGUUGUGGAUGUGGUUUAUGAAGAGGAAAGUUCCCCAGCCACAGUUAUAGAUAUUGAUGAGAGCAAAGAAACCCUCAGGAGGAGGAUGUUCAGGCUAGAGGGGAAAAGAAAAAGUCAGCCAUGUUUGCAAAAUGAUGCAAAAAGAGUGGCAAAGAAAAAAAAAACACUCCAACUCAGUCCCCAUCUCACUCAUCAUCUGAUCAAGAGCCUCUGGUCAAACAUCAAGUCAUCCGCAGAAAGGAUAGUAUUUUAAUGCAGGAAAUAAACAACAUGGACAGUCAAGCUGGAGAGCCUUCAAGCCGAGAAACUCGACUUGAGAAAGAAAUUCUGAAAUUAAAAAAAGAAAAUGAAAAUCUAAGAGCACUUAAUAUAUCUCUGCAACAAGAAAUUCUUCCAAUGCUCAAGUCCAUGAAACAGGACACUCUUACUGUUAAUCAACAACCACAAAAUAGUUCAAGCCAGAAGAAUCCCCCUGAAAAGACACAUGUGCUAGGAAUUAGUCCAGCUGUCCUGACAAGUUGUGGACGGGGUGGCACAUCAUCUUCUGCCAUGGUAAAAGAUCUGGCGGUGGCAGUGUUUGGGAGAGACACGUUGGCCACACAUGGGCUGUCUGGAAGAGCUGGCAAUGCUAACAAAGACGCUAUAGCAAAGCCAGCUCUUGACCAGGACAAAGUUGUGCAGAUCCUAGACACAGUACAGAAAAAAUUUCCGGAUGUUCCAAAAAAGUUCAUCAGGGCAGCACUAAGAGAGAAGUUGAAUGAUGAGCACAAGUUACGAGUAAGGAAAACAGUGUAGAGGCUUCAUUUGACUGAUAGAGCAACAUUUGGCUGCAUGCAUGUGAAUUGGACUCCGCUUCUCUCUGCUCUGC